AAUGCUUUCUAUUUGCUUAUUUCUUCCCUCACAGAUUUCAUUCUGCUCUUGGAACCACUUACUAUUAACUGUAUCUUUUUGAUGUGCAUCCUCAACAAGACCAAAGCAAUCCUUGAAAAGGGUUCUGAAUUCCCCAAGUUGAAGAUAAAAAAGAAAAACCUAGAGUCAUAUUUAAUUUGACAAGGUCAAGGAGUGGGUGUGCUACUAUAUCAAAUUUAAUUUGUACAAAAUCAACAUCUCUGAUAACAUUAUUUUUCUGAUCUACUGCGUUUAGACUACCUUAGUAAAAGCUUGAUCUCCCUGUCUAUCUAAACACCGUUUCACUUACAGCAAGCUUCAGGUUAGCACUGAUUCUAUUAAUACCCAAGAAAUCCACAAGGUGUUAGUUGCACAUGAUUUUGUAUAAAAGGUGAACUGAGACUUGACUUAGUCUACAGCUUACCCUACACAAGACAGAAACAACCACAGUCCAGGAUGAAGUCAGUCCAGUUUUGCUUCCUUUUCUGUUGCUGGAAAGCAAUCUGCUGCCAAAGCUGUGAGCUAACCAACAUCACCAUUGCAGUGGAGAAAGAAGAGUGCCGUUUCUGCAUAAGCAUCAACACCACUUGGUGUGCAGGCUACUGCUACACCAGGGAUCUGGUAUAUAAGGACCCAGCCAGGACUAACAUCCAGAAAAUAUGCACUUUCAAGGAGCUAGUGUAUGAGACCGUGAGAGUGCCUGGCUGUGCUCACCACGCAGACUCCCUGUACACAUACCCAGUGGCUACUGAAUGUCACUGUGGCAAGUGUGACAGCGACAGCACAGACUGUACCGUGCAAGGGCUGGGGCCCAGCUACUGCUCCUUUAGUGAAAUGAAAGAAUAAAGGACAGUGGACAUUUACCCUUGUCCUGAAGGACCAAGACACACAAAAUACCUGUGUGUAUGCACCAUCCAGGCUGCAACACUGGGCCAAGGAUGUCAGACCCCACGGAUCCCUGCUGUCCUGGCAGAGGGGGAGGGCAAGCUCCAGGAACUGAGGGUCAGCCCUGUAUAUCUAGGUCUGAUUCCAUAUGUUUUAUUCAGUCUUAACUCACAGAUUUUGUGGGGGUUUUUCUCCUCAAUAAUCUUAGGCAGUUCCUUCCUUUUAGAGAGAGAUAAUAAAUCCAGAAGAGGGAAUGAUGAUGAAAAUGGGUAAAAAGAACCAACUGCCACACAGUCUUCUGCUGGACUUUGGGACCCUCAAGAACAAGGCCAGCAUAUUCUUUGUAGCCUCAAUGUCUAGUACUUGCUUGGAACCCAGUGAGAAACUAGACAAUAGCUUCCUGAAGGAAAGUAAUAAGAUCAGAAAAAGAAAGAGAUCAGAAAGUAGUAAGAUCAGAAAAGUAGGAAGAGGCUGCUUGAGGCAGGUUAAUGAAGCUGCCACCAGCAAUGCCAAUCCAUAGUAGUGGGGGUAUCAGUUGCACCUCAACUCUUUGGGGACACAUAGAGUAUUGAGAUGGGAUGUAUCUCUGAAUUGCUUAAUGCAGGUUGUGGGUAAGAGAGCUCUGGAUUUUAAUACAAUUACUACCAAGACCUUCAAUUAAGGGCACAAGCAAGAAAUAUUAAUUUGGGGUUGUGGAAAGUAGCACAUAUCUUUUCAUUACUUUAAAAAAAAAUGACCAAUUCUGCUAAGGUCCUACAAUACUCGGAGUUUUGGGUUAGGGGAAAAAAAAAAGAAACAAAAUGUAUCCCCCUUGCCCUUUGUAGGAUCCCCUCAUUUGAGGGGAGAAGGGAUUUGGAAUUUCAAGAACUGAAUAAAUAUAUUUAACUUAAGUACAAAUACAUUUGAAUAAAGAAAUGGCUCUUUGAGGAAGAAUUAGCCAUGUAGGGAGUAGGGGAAAGCUGUUUUCUAGGAGCAUCAUUUUGCCAGCCUUCUCUUUUGUCUAUUUAUUUUCUAUGAAAUCUAUGAUGUCUUUCAAGAGGGUUUAUAUUGAAACUUUCAUAAGUUGAUUUCUCCUAAAGAUGUCAUAACUCCCUCAGUUAUGUACUUGUUUCACACUCAUGUUUAAUUUAAUUAAACCUUUUUAAAAUAAAGAUGCUAGCUACAAGAA